AUGGUUCUGUCGGGGAAGGUUCUGCUGGUGUCAACGGGGGUGGUCUCUACCGCAGUGGUGCUGCGGCUGUACUGGCCGGCGGUGGUCGUCUUCAUGCCGCAGAUUUACGUGGCGGCGCUCGGCUGGCUGGCGCCGCCGUACCUUUACUGCAUCGUCAACCUCAUCAUCAUUUUCAUCGCCGUCUCCUCCUCCUACCACCCCCACCAGCCGGUGCCGCCGGCGGAGCCGUUGAAGCUCCCCCUGGAUGCCCAUCUCCCGGCGGCCUUCUUGCCCGGCGGCGGACCGGCGGAGGAGCUCGGCGGCGCCACCGCCUCCGCCGCGACGGAGGAGGAGGAGAAGCCGCUAGUUUCGAUGCGAUUCUCUGCUCGGAGAGGCGCCAAGGCGAGCCACGAAGGUAAGGAAACAGCUCCUCCUCCUCCUCUUCCUUCUUUCUCCCGGCAGUGGCGGCGGCGGCGGCGGCGUUACCGGCGGUGGCGUUUUUGGUGCAGGGAGGCCGCUGGGGGUGGCGAAGCCGAAGAAGAACGAGACGCUGGAGAGCACCUGGAAGGCCAUCACGGAAGGACGGGGGAUGCCGCUGGCGAGGCGCCUGAAGAAGGCGGACGGCGGAAGCGGCGGUGGCGCGGAGUGGGGGUCCUCGUCGCCACCGCGGGGGGGCGGCCUGCGGCUGCGGAGGGAGCCGUCGACGGGGCAGGAGGAGCUGAACCGUCGCGUGGAGGCCUUCAUCAAGAAGUUCAACGACGAUAUCCGGCUCCAGCGCCAGGAGUCCUUCAAGCGCUUCUCUGCUCUGAGAUGA